UGAAUCCGGGCUCUUCUUCCUCUCUCCCAGUCGCCGUAUUUGCCUCAGCGAUGCCGGCGUUUCACGCUGAUCGAGUUCAUUCCUUUCGGUUUGUUUUUCGUUACGCUCUCGAAGAUCCGUAGCUGGGGAAUUUGAUCCCUUUCGUCUUAUCUGAAAUCGUGGUUCUGCCUUGGGUCUGAUGGAACGACAAUCUCAGCCUCAGGGAUUAUCCGGCGACGCAAAUGUUUCUGGCCACCACACGGAUGGCAAUACAAUGGGAGACUAUGCAUACCCAUCCGCAGCAUGUAAUCUGUGUGGAAGAAUCGUUCAAUCUACUGAGCUUGAAAUUUUUAGCUUAUGUGGGGACUGUAAGUUUUUGUUGCUCGAAGAUUCUGACAGUCCUGUGCAUUACUCAAGUCGGAGGCAGUCAGCUAGAAGAAGUACGAGGAGGAGGAGGAGGAGAACUAGGCAUAGCAGCUCUGAAUCAAUCGGAGAUCUUCCCUCAGACCAAUUUUCCCGUUUAAUAAGCAUUGCGCGGCAAAGCCUGUCAGUGGCACAUGGACAUGAUGAUCAACAUGCUGAUGGUGAGGGUGCUGCCGUGAUACUCCAGCUAACUAGCUCCCAUACGACUCCAAGUGGUUCUAGAAGGUGGAGAAGGGUUUUCUCUGAUACCGAAAACGAUGAUUUUGGUAACUUUGAUUCUCGUUAUGGUGAAACUGAAUCAAAUACCAGUUUUUCUCAAUCCAGGUUCUCACAUGGUGAUACCGAUGCAAUGUCUUUUAGUGCUUACGGUGGAGAAUCUGAUGCUUCCACAGACAUAUAUGGUUUCCUGGACACCGAAAUAUUUGUUCAACCAGAUGACCAGAGUGACAUUGACUUUGAUACUGAUAUUGACCCGAUGCAUGCUGGUUUGCACCAAUGGAACUCGGAUGAAGAAGAUGGUGAAUGGGAAGAGGCGGGUGCUGAGAAUGGAAGGGCCAUAUUGGGUGUUGCCAGAAUGAAUAGUUUGGCGAGUCCAAGUGAGAGCUACAGCUCCAUUACCCAUAGUCAACGGUUUGAUUCUCCAGAGUUUGAAAGAGAGAUUCACCAGAGAACUGUGGAGAGUAGGCAGGUCUUAUCACGGAACAUCUUCAAUGGUUUUGAGGAUAUAGAUUUCUCUCCCUAUGUUGCAAAUGCUGGUGAUUAUCUAGAUGAAAGAGGCUUUGAGGAAUUGCUUGAACAACUUGCUGACUCUGACAACUCAAGAAGAGGUGCACCUCCUGCAUCUCUGUCCAUUGUGAGGAAUCUGCCAAGGAUCAUCAUCAAUGGAGAGCAACUAAAGAAGAACAAUGAUGGCCUAGUCUGUGCAAUCUGCAAGGAGUUUUUUGUUAUCGGUAGCGAAACCACCCAGCUCCCAUGUCUUCAUCUCUACCACACUUGGUGUAUCUUACCUUGGCUGAAUGCACGUAACUCAUGCCCCCUUUGUCGUUAUGAACUUCCAACUGAUGAUAGAGAUUAUGAAGAUGGAAAGCAUGAUGCCAUUUCGCGUGGAAUCGUGGAUCAGGAGGAUGCAAGCGAAGAUAGCUCUUCUGGUGAUGUCACUGAAGCAGAGGGAGAGACACUUGUUGAAAGUGAUCCUGUACGUGGGGAGAGAGACGAGAGUGACUCCGGUGUAAGCAGAGCUAGGAGAGGAAGAUGGUUGUUUCUGGCCGCUGCACCAGUUGUCAGCCUGGUCGGCAUUGUAUUGGCAAUGUGGCUUAGCAACACACAGAGAAGAGAGUCAGGAAGCUCUCAUGGCCAAAGAGGAAACAAGAGCAGAAGAUGGCUGCCAUUUUUCUGACUGAUUUCUAGGCCAUCCCGAUUACCAACUGGUGAUUAGUUCCACGGCUUGUCCAUAGCUGUGGAUCAACC